UAGACCAAAGUCUACAAACAUAAAGCAGGUGCUGAUCACGUUGUGCAUUCUCUUUUCUCACCUAAAACAUGACUUCCACGACCUUAUCUGCACCAACUCGUUCACUCCUGCGCUAUCUAAGCCGCGGUGUGACCGCACUCAAACACCGACAUCAAGCUGGAGUAACACACUUUGUGAGGUCCUACUAUGAAACUGGAAAACCCGCAACUGGGUGUCAGGCUGAAUCUGCCCGGACCAUAGACCUUCGGAGCGACACAGUCACGAAACCUGGACCACUAAUGCGACGAGCCAUGUCAGAGGCCGAGGUUGGGGACGAUGUAUUUGGGGAGGAUCCUACUGUCAACGAGCUACAGCAGCAUGCGGCGGAGCUCUUUGGUAUGGAGUCGGCCCUCUUCUGUCCCACUGGAACUAUGAGCAAUCUGAUUGCAGUCAUGGUUCACUGCCGAGAGAGAGGGGAUGAGAUGAUUGUGGGGGACCUGUCACACCUUCAUAUCUAUGAACAGGGUGGCAGCGCACAGCUUGCUGGGGUUCACUCCACCACUGUGACCAACCUCCCCAAUGGCACCUUUGACCUGGACCAGCUGGAGUCCAAGAUCCGCCACGGCUACCCGGACGCGCACUACCCGCGCUCCCGUCUGGUGUGUGUGGAGAACACACACAACAUCCAGGGGGGGCGCGUGCUGCCCCUGGCCUUCCUGAAGGAGUUGCGGACACUUGCGGACAGGUAUGGGCUGAUGGUGCACAUGGAUGGGGCUCGUGUGAUGAAUGCGGCUGCAGCUCUGGGCGUUCCACCAUCUGACAUCCUGCAGUACUGUGACACUGUCAGUGUCUGCCUGUCCAAGGGUCUGGGGGCACCAGUUGGCACUAUGCUGGGUGGCCCCGAGGACUUUGUGAAACGGGCGGUACGUGCCCGAAAGGCCCUUGGUGGUGGAAUGAGGCAGGCGGGCAUCUUGGCAGCCGCAGGGAAGCUUGCGCUGUCAGACAUGGUGGGUAGACUGCAGGACGACCACCGCAACACCAGGAGCUUCGCACAAGCCCUGCUGCAGUGUGACCCCCCGAUCUAUCAGGUAGACCUGGCUGCCGUGGAGACAAACAUCCUGCGCUUCCGCGUGAGUGCGGAGGGUGUGAGCCCCGCAGAGCUGUGCGAGCGAGCAGCCGCCGUGUCCGAGGGCGAGGAGAAGGCGCUGGGCCAGGGGGUGCAGGUGCUCAUGUUCCCCCACGUCGGGGGCUCGGUGAGGGCCGUGUGGCACCUGGGCAUCUCUGAGGAGGACACACGGCUAGCUGCACUGAAGAUGCAGUUUGUGGCACAGCAGCUAGCCAGAGAGAGGGCCAGAGCCCACUAAGUACCCCCCCUAACCCUAACCCCCCCCCACACACACACACACACACCACCAACACCACUACCACCACCACCACCAGAACUGGGUGUAUGCUUGAAAGAGGUGAAAGACCUAGACUUGUGUCAGAGAAAACCUGUGCCUGUGUAAAUACGUGAUUCUGCAUAUUAUUUCCCAAUAGAAGAGAAUCUCUCUUUCUUUUUCUCAUUUGAUUUUCCUAAGUGCUAAUGGACCUGUGAGCCUUGAAACCAACAAGCACUCUGACACUUAGAUUGCCUGGUGUUGCUCUCACGAAAUUUUCACUGUGAUCCGCAAACCUCCAUAGAGAUCAGCUUGGGUUAGCGGUGUCACUGUUGGGAAUAGGAAACAAUUACUCAAGGCUUUCAGCCAUUUUUUUAAUACUAUCUUGUAAUGAGAGCUUACCCAGUUGAUUUAGCCACUGGUAUGAAAUCUUCCCAGUUCCAGCAGAGACCUCACAUUUUUCCUCUCGGAAAACAUGCAGCGCCUUUCUGCUCAUGUUUCAAUGCAUUUAUCAGCAUCAUUCCUGGGGAAAAUGAUCCAGUUAUGCCACUGAGGCAAAACCAUGUUGCCUCAGCUGGUUUCAGACACAGUGCUCCCAUUUUUUCAUCACUUAAACCACUAACCAAAUGCUUUCCCACUAAGAUGAGGGAGAAGGGUCUGACUUGACUCGGGGACAUGAAGUGAUUUUAAGUGUUUUUGAGAGGCUUCCAGAAACACAGAAAAACUUUGGUUUUGCUUAAUAGCCUAAUGCCGUAUUUUUCCUUGCUUGGAUAGCAAAGUUAUCUUGACAGAUUAGCACAUUGACUGGACUGACAAAUAUCAGUCAUUGCUUUUAAUUAUUAUAGCAUCGUGAUUCAGUUGUGAUAUGAAUAUACUUUAUUCACCAGUGGCUUAUGCACCUGGGAUGUGAAUCAGAAUGGAUUCAUAAAUCAUGAAUUGAAUGAUUGAAUUAUUAAUUCAAUGUUAAAUGAAAACAAAUCCUUUUCUCACAGCAUACAUUCAACUAUUUUUAUAAAGUUCAGGUUGGAUAAUGCUUCAUUUUUCGUUGUUGUUUCAUACAUUACAAUCAAAAUGUGUUGAUUGGAUACAGAAUUUUGGUUUCUAAACAUAGUUGUCAGGUUGAGCCUAGUGGGGGUUCUAUCCAACCUUUGUUGGUCGUGCAGGAAAUCAAGUCAGUCAUACUGUGCUCUUUUUUUAAGGCUUGUUGUUGAUUGGGUGAUUCAAAAUGUGUGUGUGAGAGUGUAUCCUGUAGUUAUGGAUUAAUAGUAGGCAUUACUGAGAAGUAACACCAUUUUGACCAGGUAGUAAUUACCUUUGCUCCCGCAGAGUGGUCGGGAAUUCUGGGGCUAACCUGCCAGGCACAGCGAGCCGAGACCUGAGAAAUCGAGAUGGCUUUUAGAGAACAUGUCUGUUGCUGUGAAUAGUGGAGUGGAGUGAAGUAGAAGAUGAACUGAUCUCCGAAAGGCAUUAAGUUAAAGAUGAAACAUUAUUUUCAACAUUUUAUGUUUUGUAUAAUUUUAGGGUGAGCACCAUGAAAAAGUUUAGCCACCCCAAGGGAUUUGAGCUCUCAGGUAACUUUUCCCAAGGUCUCAGUCUUUAAUUAGCUUGUUAAAGCUAUGGCUUGUUCACAGUCAUUGUUAGGAAAGGCCAGGCAAUGCAAAUGUCAAAGCUUUAUAAAGAAUCAGCCACCAUGGGUUUCUCUAAGCAGCUGUCUAGCACUUAAAAUUAAAAUAAUUGCUGCCCGCAAAGCAGGAGAUGUCUAUAAUAAGAUAGCAACGCGUUUUCAGGUAGCUGCUUUCUCAGUUCGUAAAGUAAGUAAGAAAUGGCAGUUAACAGGAACAGGAAUUCUAACAGGAACGGUGGAGGUCAAGUUGAGGUCUGGAAGACCAAUCCAACUUUCAGAGAGAACUGCUUGUUGGAUUGCUAGAAAGGCAAAUCAAAACCCCCAUUUGACUGCAAAAGACCUUCAGGAAGAUUUAGCAGAGUCUGGAGUGGUGGUGCACUGUUUUACUGUGCAGUGACACCUGCACAAAUAGGACCUUCAUGGAGGAGUCAUCAGAAGAAACCCUUUUCAGCUUCCUCACCAGGGUUGGUCCUGAGGACUGACCAUGUAGGGGGCACAGACCUUUGCUUUGGGCCCUUUUGUUUCUUUGUUAUUUUGAAAUUGUAAAACAUGGAAAUCAAAGUAAUCUUGCUUGAAAUAUUAAAGAAAUGUCUCAUUUUUA